UUGCUCGUGCUUCGCUCUUUACUUGAUUCUACCCCUGCCCGUCGCGGGCCGCCUGGUUCUGCGCUCCGGGCCGCAGUCGGCUCCGAGGGUGUUUCGCUUCUCCACUGCUGUCAGGCUGUAGAGGCUUCCAGGUUCCCGGGACACCCGCGUGCCAACUUCUGGUGUGGUUUCCUCUCCCCGAAGUGCUUAUCUGCGCGCAGGCUUAUCUCCGAGUUAUCUGGGCGCCAAGGGGCGGGAGUCGUAGCUCAGCGGGCAGAGAGACUUCUUUCUUGCUAUCUAGCCCGGGUCUGUGUGUGAGCAUUCAUUUUAGCGCGGUUAUCUUCAAUGAGCCUAAGCGAUUUGGAAAGGCAGCCUGGAGGAGGCCUGCCGGGCUGCAUUUCCCUCCGUGCUUAAAACCCGAGUCUCCCUGUCAUUCUUCCUGCUCUCUCCUUUGGGGUGGCUUCGGCUCCGGGGCGGUCUCACGUCCCCCCUCCUCUUCUCUGCACUCCGCUCCACCCCGUACGUCCGAUUCCGGAACGGUCUGGCCUUUUCACUGCUGGGGAUGACCGUGGGGUGGGCUGGGGUGGCCCGGCGGGAGAGAGCGCACGCGCUGGUAGCUGCAACGGGAGCCGCGAUUAAGGAGCUAGAAGUCAGCUUGCAGCAGCGCCGGACUGUGGAUGGCCUUGACUGAAGACAGCUGGUGCCUCUCCAAGCGCUUUGAGCCCGCGGGUGAGGACGCGAGCGACUCCGGAGCCUUUCCAGCGCGGGAGUCCUCCACGCCUCCUUCCCCCAGAUCCUCUUCAUCCUCCUCCUGCUGUUCUCGGGGUGCGGAGCGCGGCCCCGGCAGCGCCAGCAACUGCAGGACGCCGCAGCUCGACACGGAGACGGCGGCGGGACCCCCGGCCCGCUCGCUGCUGCUCAGCCCCUACGCCUCGCAUCCCUUUGGGGCUCCCCACGGACCUUCGGCGCCCGGGGUCGCUGGCCCCGGGAGCGCCCUGUCGAGCUGGGAGGACCUAGUGCUCUUCACUGACCUCGAUCAGGCCGCGACCGCCAGCAAACUGCUGUGGUCUAGCCGCGGCGCCAAGCUGAGUCCCUUCGCACCCGAGCAGCCUGAGGAGAUGUACCAGACCCUCGCCGCUCUCUCCAGCCAGGGGCCGGCCGCUUACGACGGCGCGCCAGGCGGCUUCGUGCACUCGGCGGCCGCCGCGGCAGCGGCAGCAGCGGCGGCCAGCUCCCCAGUCUACGUGCCCACCACCCGCGUGGGCUCCAUGCUGCCAGGCCUGCCGUACCUGCAGGGGGCGGGCAGCGGGCCCGCCAACCACGCUGGAGGCGCGGGCGCACACCCAGGCUGGCCCCAGGCCUCCGCCGACAGCCCCCCAUACGGCAGCGGAGGAGGCGCGGCCGGCGGAGCCGCAGCUGGGCCCGGCGGCGCGGGCUCGGCCGCAGCGCACGUCUCGGCGCGCUUCCCCUACUCUUCCAGCCCGCCCAUGGCCAACGGCGCGGCUCGGGACCCUGGGGGCUACCCCGCAGCGGGCGGUGGGGGCGCGGGCGGUGUGAGCGGCGGCGGCGGCCUGGCUACCAUGGGCGGCCGAGAGCACCAGUACAGCUCGCUGUCGGCCGCGCGGCAGCUAAACGGAACGUAUCACCACCAUCACCACCACCACCCGAGUCCCUACUCUCCUUACGUGGGUGCGCCGCUGACACCGGCCUGGCCCGCCGGCCCCUUCGAGACCCCGGUGCUGCACAGCCUGCAGAGCCGCGCCGGAGCCCCGCUCCCGAUGCCGCGGGGCCCCAGCACCGACCUGCUGGAGGACCUGCCCGAGAGUCGCGAGUGUGUGAACUGCGGCUCCAUCCAGACGCCGCUCUGGCGGCGGGACGGCACUGGCCACUACUUGUGCAACGCCUGCGGCCUCUACAGCAAGAUGAACGGCCUCAGCCGGCCCCUCAUCAAGCCCCAGAAGCGCGUGCCUUCCUCCCGGCGGCUUGGAUUGUCCUGUGCCAACUGUCACACCACAACGACCACUUUGUGGCGCAGAAAUGCUGAGGGCGAACCUGUGUGCAAUGCUUGUGGACUCUACAUGAAGCUCCAUGGGGUGCCUCGACCGCUUGCUAUGAAAAAAGAGGGAAUUCAAACCAGGAAACGAAAACCUAAGAACAUAAAUAAGUCAAAGGCUUGCUCUGGUAGUAGCAAUAAUUCUGUUCCUAUGACUCCAUCUUCCACCUCUUCUAAUUCAGAUGAUUGCAGCAAAAAUACUUCCCCUACAACACAACCGACAGCCUCAGGGGCUGGCGCCCCGGUGAUGUCUGGUGCAGGAGAAAGCACGAACCCUGAGAACAGCGAGCUCAAGUACUCAGGUCAAGAUGGGCUGUACAUAGGUGUCAGCCUGGCCUCGCCGGCUGAAGUCACGUCCUCCUCGGUGAGACAGGAUUCAUGGUGUGCGCUCGCCCUGGCCUGAGCCCGCUGCCUGGAGCGGGAGGGCCCUCGGGACCUGCAGCGAUUAUGCCACGCUGUGCAAACUGGGGAGAGUAUGCUGACAGAACAUUCCUCUGACAUGUGAUUUCCAUGCCUUUAUUUUGAAAGAGAUGCAUUUCCCAAGAGGCUUGCUCUGCCUUACCAGCCAGCCCCUGUCAGUGAAGAGCCAGGGAGAAGAUGGAGCGUUUCCUGGGAAGGCCAGUGCAGCCCCACAGCACGGGCCACUUCCAGCCAGCCUACCUGUGGGUCUGCCAGGGCAUCCACUGGGCCACCUCCAGAAACCUGGACCAGGACUGGGGCCUUGCCUGCUAAGGAAUUUUGAGAUUUUUAAAAAAGGUUUUAUGUGUGUUGCCCCAAAUCAUGUGCUUCUUCUGAUCGGUUUUGGUUAUUCCAGAAUUUAUUAAUGCCUUUCCACACCCAGAUUUCACAUGUGUUCACGAAGAAGACCAUUUGAGGCCAUUUGGUACACAUCUCUGGAGGCUGAGUCGGUUCAUGAGGUCACUUGUCAAAAAUAUCACUCAGUUUGCAGGACUGCAUUAUAACUGUAACGUACACUGUGACUGACGUUCCUCAAAGUUCGUAUCGUGUGACUGAUCUACAGUCAGUCGAAAUUUGUAAACAGGGUAGCAAACAAGAUAUUUUUCUUCCAUGUAUACAAUAAUUUUUUUAAAAAAGUGCAAUUUGCGUUGCAGCAAUCAGUGUUAAAUCAUUUGCAUAAGAUUUAACAACAUUUUUUAUAAUGAAUGUAAACAUUUUAACUUAAUGGUACUUAAAUAAUUUAAAAGAAAAAUGUUAACUUAGACAUUCUUAAUGCUUCUUUUACAACUACAUCCCAUUUCUGUAUUUCCAAUUGUUAAAGAAAAGUAUUUCAAGAACAAAUCUUCUCUCAGGAAAAUUGCCUCUAUUCAUUUGUUAAGAAUUCUUAUACAAGAACACCAGUAUCCCCCCUUUAUUUUACUGUGGAAUAUGUGCUGGAAAAUUUGCAACAAAACUUUACUACCUAACAGACACCAUUUGUAAAUACUCUAGGCAUCUGUGCACACCAAGAUGAAGUCUCUAUAGUGUGAUUGACCCACAGGCAGGUUGGUUUACAUUAAUUUUUUUAAAUGGGAUGUCACAUGGAAACUUAUUUCACCAAAGUUUUAAAAAUAAAAAAGGGUAUUGUUUUGUUUUCUGUACAGUGAAUUUCCUUCCCUUUUAGUUUCAUUUCGAUAAUGUAUGUGGCUAUAGAUAUUCAUAUAAAACAAGCUCAUGUGAGGUUUGCAAAUUGCCUUAUAGUUGUCCUUUCAAUGAAUUGUCCUUUUGGAGCUGUUUUAUAACAUGGUUUAUUCAAAGUUGGCACAUGGAGUUAGUUAUCACUUUCAAUUUGCAUUGGGGACAAUUUUUGUAAGUGAAAGGGACACUGUAUUAAACCUUAUUAUCUGAGAUUAUAAGCAUUCUCUUAGGAUCAGCCCUUAAAAACAUUGAAAAAGCCCAGAGUUUCUUCCCUCUGAAUGAAAUAUACUUCAUAGUCUAGAAACGGUCUCACUUCUGGAACCCUCCUUUUGCGAAGUGCCACUAAGUCUGAAAGCUUAUCUGAGGUUGAAGUUUUUUUCACUCACCAGAAGAUAUGAAAUGGUCCAAACAGUCUCUGCUUUUUCUUCACUGUUGGGCGGAUUUCAGGAAAUCAAGAAGCUAUUCCACAACACAAUGGUGUAAUUUCAUUUUGGCUCCAAAGUGUGGGGCAUUUUUGACUUCUUUUCAUGAUUACAGCCAUUCUGUGGGUGUUCCUUUGUGGUGGGGUGGUGUUGGAAGUCAGACUCGGGGCUGGGGUAUGUGUGCGUCUGGGGAAGUCACUGAAGCCCACAUGCACCCCGAAACCAUAAGGUGGGCUAGAACAAUGGUUACGAGUGCUGGGUCUGCAGUCAGAUCACUAGGCUUCACGUCCUGCUCUGCAUGCAUGAGCUUUGUGACCUUGGGCAAGUUAUCCAACUUAUGUUCCUCAUCUGUAAAAUGAUGCCAGUAACACAGAGCUCACAACUCAUAGGAAAGAGUACAUGUAAAGUGCUUAGCACAGGACCUGGGGCAGAGUAAGCAUUGAGUAUGAACUUGAUUGAAGAAGAGUGGCAGGAACUCCUACCACAUGGGUGUUUGGAAUGUCUUAGUCCCUGUGCAGAAUCAGAGGUUUGUGGUCUGAGAAUCUGAUGUGUCUCGGCUCACCUGCACUUCUUCAACAAUGCUGGGGAGAGUGCUAUGGGGGAUCCCCCCAGCCCAGGCGGUGGCAGAGAUGGAUGGGGAGGAUGCCUGAGAGAUAACAGUGGGAGUUCAGCUGAUUGUUUAAUAGAACAGGGCUGGUCUGACAGCAAAAGAAAAUUAUCCCCUCAUUUUUGCCCCUCCUUCCUCUUACGGUUUUCAUUACUUUGAGUGCUUUCUGGUGGGUUGGCAGUUGUUAGAGUUAAUAUGCUUUGAUUGGGAAAUGAAUUUUUCUUAUUGGGGCUUCCAAAUGAUCCUUUUUUCUGGGGAUGGUCUCAGAUGUUGCUACUUCCAAUCCUAAAGUGCCAUUAGGUUGCUAAAGCUCCUUUUUCUUUAGAACACAAAGGGGAAAUAAUUCCAGCUUUCAUGAAAUAAAUGGCUAAGGGCAGAAGGAGAAGGAGAGGGCUUCUUGUAGCCUGUCUUAACACAGCAAACUCCACUGGUCUAGGCUUUUUCAAUGGGAACUUUCUCACCUGUGAUUGUAUAAAGUGGAAGUUUGACCAUUUCUCCCAAACACGUAACCUCGGCACCCCCUCCCCCAGAGUAGGAUGCACAAAAGCAAGUCACUUCUCACUAAGGAGUACAUUUACCUAGAUGGUGCCCCUCGGCUUCAAGCGUCGGCAGGCCCAUUGCUAUGGGCUGCAGAAUUUAUGUCCUCUGUCACUCUGGGCUGAUUUUAGGUCAUCUUACAUAACUGAAGGCUCUGUCUGGGGUUUCUCUUCAGGGUCAUUUUGUGUUGUUUCCUGGUGCUUAUGGGAGGGUCAGGAAAGCAAAGGGAGCUAUUCAUUUCCCCCUGCAAAUAAAUUAACUUCUUGCUCAUGGGAAAUGUUUUCCCCAGUCCUUGGAAAAUUGAUGUAAUUUCAGAUUAUAGAUAGGUUAACUGCUGGAAGGGCAAUACAACAGUCUUUGGUGGCUAUGCCAGAUCCCACGCUGCUUUCAUUUUGGGGCAGUGUGGUGGCUUCCGUGUGUUAAGUUCUCUCUAUGCCCUGGCACUGCCCAUGGGGUCGACAGGUCCCGGUGACUCUGGGAAGCAAACACUGGGAGGGUGUGUGUGGGUGGGGGGAGGCCGAGAGUGGAGAGCGGGGGCCAAAUAUUCAGAAUAAGGCAGCUCUCGCUAAUUAAAAUGGGUUCUGUUUCUGGGUUGAAAUAGCAAGUCAACUUGGCAAUCUCCUGUUGUUUGGAAACUCUAAAGGGCAGUCAGAUAUGAGUUUGGUAAUUUUAAAUGAGAACUACUAAUAAAUUUGUUAGAUCAAAUCUUUGAAAACAGAGUUUACAGAUAAAAAUUCCAUAGAGCUCUGGCCACUUGAGGCCUCUAGUUGGAUUCUAUGUGGCUGAAACAUUAGCUGCAGCUAAAGCAGGCCCAUCUCCUAAGGUUUUUGGAGGUAGAGACUGGGUGCUAGCCCUGGUAGGAUCUGCAGAGGAGAGGAAUCAUAUGGUGCCUUCAGUUGUUUCAAUUAUAAGACAUUAUUAGGCUGGAAGCCUGAGUAAGUAGAUAGGAACUUUGGAUAAAUUCUGGUUGAUAGUUUCCAAAUAACUUCUAAAAGAGUUAGGAUGUUGCAUGUGGGUGUCAAACCUCCAGUAUGGUGUCUCCCAGAUCUGCAUCGGAGGACAGCCGGUAUUCACUGUUCUUCCUGCUCAGCAGCUAUCACAGGGAUGUGACCAUUCUGCAGUUGAUAUCACUAUUUUAAAGAGGUUUUUAAAAAGAUGAAUAUUUAAAAAUGGCUAAAAUACAGCAAUUAAAAAUGAAAUAAUGUUUAAUUAGUAGAAGGGCUUACAUUUCAGUCAUCAGUGGUUCCUUGUGGUAAGAUAAUUAUCUAGACAUCCCUUAGCUUUUGAGCAAGUCAUUUCCCCUCUGGACCUCAGUCUCUGCAGCAAGCACACAAUGGAUAAACCAGGAGGCGCAGUCUGAAGGUCCCUUCCAUCUGUGUUUGCUGCCCACAGGCCCAUGUGCUGAUUAUAGGUAAUGACGAGAUGGUGGGUCUGUGGCCUGGUCUGAGUCCCCCGAGUCUGAGGGGCUUCUGCAGGCCACACCAUGACUAGGGAAGCUGGUAGGAUUGGAAUCUCCUAGUUUUCUCCUGGUUGGUUGCCUCACCUCCUUGGGUUUUGAUCGACUGUUGGCCAAGUUCUUUUAUUGCCUAAGGCCACAGAGGGUGCGAGUCUGGUCAUAUUAAUGAACAGAGGGACUUGGUAGGAGGUGCUGCCACCCCCUAACACCAAACCUCUGAUAGAAAACUUAAACAGUGAUAUGGACCCAGACCGGAAAAUGGAAAUGUCUGCCAGUUGAACAGUC